AUGAAGAGGAGAAACAUCAUUUCAAAUUUCAACUUAGCAAAUUCAUAAAAUUAUAGUUCAAUCAUUUUUAGAGUCACUUCUGAAAAUGUUUAAAUUCUCGUAAGUAGAUCAUCUAAGUGUUAAUUGGUUAAUUGGAAAUGUUAUGAGUAUAGUGGAACCAGUGACUAACCAAUAAGUUUGAGUGAUUCUCAAAUAAAAGAUGGUCAAUAUUCAAUCACAAUUGAAGGAAUGGAAUUAGCAAAGUAUGGGUUGAUCAUAGAAACUCAUCCUAAGGACAAGAUCAAUGUUGUCAAUAUCAAAAAAGGGUCGAUUUAUAAAUCAUCAAUCAAUUCUAAUUAAAAGAAAUAAUGUUUUAAAUAUGAACAGACUACUAAAGGAGUUUUAACUCUUUUAGUCCAUGGACCCAAUCAGAAACUAGUUAGUUAUGCUAAUAUUGACACUGAUGAAGAAAUUCCAACCAAGGGUGAUAACGAUGUAAUAACUGGAAAUUCAGCCUUGCAAUUAGUUAGUGAUAAAUUCCUAGCUUGUGUUGAAAUCUAAGAUCAGUAUAAUUAAGAUGUUAAAAAUAUAACUGAAUAUAAUGACAUCAAAUUUUCACUCAUUUUGUACGAUGCUUAAUCUGUCAUUAAUUUAGAAUUCAACUCAGCCUACUAUGGAUAAGUAGCAUUUACAGAAUAGUAAAGAUUCUCAUUUUUGAGUUAUUUCGAUGAGGAUGUUGUUUAUAUCACUAAAAACAUUCUAUCAAGUGGAGAUGUCAAUAAGGACUUAUAAGUGUACAUUAGGUAAUAUGUUGUAUGA